GCCUUCAUUGUCAUGUAGGUGGACUGUUGCGUCUCUCGCACACUAGCUAUUGAGGGAAUUCAUGGACACCAGACCUUUGUCUUCAUGCCAAUGCGAGUCUCCUCAGACAGGGGAUCCUAAUGAUAGAUGGCGAGAUCAAGACACACAGCUAGAAGACUCGAUACACUUGCAUAGCCCUCAUGUUCUAUAUCUGUCCAUGGCCUCCCGUAUGUCCUUAUUUUUGGCCACUUCAUAUGGUGUCUCGCCCUGCACAUAUGACAUACAUCCAAUCGCCGAUGGCCAUGCCAGCGUAUGUAUGUCCUGCCACCUUAUCGUUUUUGCGAGCGAGGGCUGCUUUGUCCCACUGUAAGAGCUGCCUGACUGCCUCCAAGUGUCCAUUUGCGCUGGCGCAGUGCAACGCGGUCCGUCCACCCUGACGAGACACACACACAGUGAUGCAACGGAGACAUGGGAUCGCCUCGCCUUCACCUUGCCCUGCUGCUCCAGCAGCCCCUGACGCCUGUCCUCCGGCACUCUCUCAUAUAUCGUACGCAUCACCUUGACGUGUCCUCCGCCAGCAGCCGUCAGGAAUGCGGUGUAUCCUCCAUCGGUAAACGAUUCCAGAAGCGGCAAGCCGCCCCAGUCGAGCAGCUGACCCACAGCGACACUGUGUCACUUGUUCGCCGCGCAGUGAAUCGCCGUCCACUUGCCCUACAUCGAUUGUUCUUCAUCCAUGAGCCUUUACUUGACUGAGGGCUUCCUCACCUUAUUGUGCUCUUCCAACAAGCUUUUGCGACCAGCUUGGUCUGGGAGAGCAUCAUACAUGACCUGCAUCACCUUGGCAUUGCUGCGUCAAGAAUUGGUUCAUGCAGAUAGGGGCUAGAAUGUCAAUGGCAUCCUUCAUCACCUGCAGACAGGAAGGGCGUGAAUUGUCCGUCGGUGCGCUGCUCGAGCAAAGACACGCCACCCCAGUUCAGCAGCUUGCGAACUGCAGUCGCAUGGCCGUUGUUUGCGGCGCAGUGCAAAGCGGUCCACUGGCUCUGACGAUCAGCAUGCACGGAGAGAGCAAUAGACGCGCAAUGCGCCUCUGCUGUCCGAAGAGGGCUCACUUUGGUGCGCUCUUCCAGGAGCGGUUUCCCAUCGUAUUUGUAGAUGAGCUCCAUGACGGCUACACUGCCGCCUGCCGCAGCUAGAAUGAAUGGCGUCUCAUCGUUCUUUGUGCGGUCCCUGAGGAUGGCGGCGCCUCCCGCUUUCAACAGCUCGUUUAUGACGACCGUGUGGCCCUUCCGUGAGGCACGAUGCACCGCCUUCCAUCCACCCUGCAGUCACACCCCACCCAAACAGACUGCGUAGUCGGCGUCUUGUGCCUUGUUUGCUUACAUUGUUCGUUUGGUCCAAAAGCUCUUUGCGCCGCUCUUUCGGCAUCGUGGAGUACAUCAGGCGUACCAUUGGCAGGUUGCCGCUGUCCGCAGCUACGAUGAAUGGCGUGUCGCCGUUCUGAAUCACACGAGCAGAGACACGCACUGGACUUCCUGUCUCUGUUGGUGUUGAGACGCACAUUGGUGGCUUUAUCGAGGAAGGCCGGUCCUCCCAAUUCCAGCAAAUGCUUCGACACUUCAUUGUGGCCCUCUCGCACAGCCAAGUGAAGAGGCGUCCGGCCCCUCUAUGAGACAGCAAUCAGCAAUACCCAAUUGAAACGUUUCUUCGCCAGCCACAGGCUUACCUUGUCUUUGAGUGACAAGAUGAAAACCUUGGGGUCCUUCUGGCGCGCGACUAUCUCCUUGAGGACCUCCAAAUGCCCCUCCUCAGCAGCCUCACUGGCGAUGGUGUUGCCGAACUACGUGGCACACGCAGCAGGAAAGUAGAACGAUGUGGAGGCUCUUGUGCAUUGCGAGGCUGCCCACUUUGUCAGGAAGUGUGAAGAGGUCAUUUCCUCCGGCUGCGAGUCCGGCAUCAAGGAAAGUGCCGACCAACUCCACAUCACCUUUGGACGCCGCCACAUGUAUAGGCGGGGGAUACGACUGAGAGCAAAAGCAGGGGAAAAUAUAGUGGAAAAGGAUUUCACAAUGAAUAAGCGUACCUUGGUUGCCAUUUUUAUGAGGGCCGUCCUCCCACCCUCGAUUAUCUUCUUCGCCGCUUCCGCUUUGCCAUUCAAGGUGGCACAAUGCAAGGCUGUGCACCCGUCCUGGAAAUGGAAUCGAUCAAAGCUCAAGUGGCCAUCGCUCCUGCACUUAAGUGUGGCUUACACUGUCAACUUCCUCCAGGCAUUUUGCCCCUUUCUGCUCGAUCAACCGUGCUAGCACUUCCAUGUUUUGCUCAGCGCUUGCGUCGAAUAUGGUAAUCUAGAAAAGACGAAGCGAGACACGAUCCGUACGAAAGACAAGCUGUGGUCUACCUCUUCGGUGGCUGUCUGUGCCGUCUGUCCACUGCUGGGUGCCGCUGGAGCAAGCACAGACGGAGGCAGGGCCUCAUCGACAUCCACUAUUCCAGGAAGGCUUGGUGGGGCACCCCGCAGAGGCAGCAGAUCUGCAAGUAAUGCACCGAGACGAGAGACAGCUUCAUGCAUCAAAGUGCUGUCUCUCCUCACUUUGCACUGGAGAAGUUAUGGAAGUUCUCCUCUCCUCCCCCAUGGCCCUCCAAAUCAAUGUCCGACGGGGGGCACUCCCUUGAUCAAAUUGUUGGAUCUCCACACUCUUGCCGUUGGCUGCCAAAAAAUGCCCAGGCAGACCCACGCACUCAUACAUCUUGGGAUUGCCGUAGACGAAAUUAUUCUCGCUCUGGCCUUUGGGGCUGAAAACUAGAUCAUCAUCCUUCGCCCCAGCGGCUUCGAUGCAGUGCUUGCAGCAAGCACAGCAGCAAAAAGUGCAAAUACUGCAUAAUCCGGCUUUCUUCGCGGGCGAGAUGACGAGCUCUUGUCGAUCGACUUGUGUCCACUGCUGGUACUCCGCCCGGUCGACGCUGUCCUUUUCAAGCGCAGGUGUCUCAAGGAUAAGCUUGGGCCGCCGACGCUGGUCGAUACUUGCUGGCUUAACCGCAAGCGUCUUGUUGGGGAAUGCUAGAGAAAUCAGCCGGAAUGUCUCGGUUUUCUUCAUGGUCAGAUCGUCAUGGGCCUUCCUCCACAGCUCUUUCUUGGCGAUGGGCUUGCCAAUCUGCGGCGUCGUCUUCUCUCUCAGCCCCAGAUCAAAGCUGUCGGGGCCCUUGAAGGCCGUGAGGACAAGAGGAGGAAUGGUGCCCACGUUUUCAAGGGAGAAAGGGGGCUCUCCCUGGUUCUCGUCAUCAAUGCGGUUCUGCAGCUGUUUUUUGAAGGGGGGGUUGCCUCUGCAGAGGACAAUACCGUCGGGCAGCUUCCAAGGGUGAAUUAGCUUCCCGCAAAAGGCACCCACACCACAGAAAUAACACCAACGCAUUGAUUUGCACACCCACGCGCAUCCCUUGCUUACCAUCGGCUGCAGAAUGUAGGGAGUGUACAUGUCCUCGAUGAUGAUGGACAGGUAGGAGGACGCGAUGCUGUAGAGGGUGAGGUCCUUGCCGGCACCCAGCAUGUGCCAGUUGUUUGCUCGCUCGAAAUAUCUGUAGUUGAUCUCAAGCCGCUUCUUGUCGUCCUCUUCGUCUUCAUCUUCAGUCUCAUUUUCCACUUCAGCACGGCCUCCAAACCCACCGACUUCAACGCCCACCCCGACCUUCCAAGUCCUCGCUCUGCGCUGUCGUUUGGCCUGCUCGAUGUCCUCCCUGACCUUUUCCACCUCUCCACCUGGACACAGUCGAAUGUGCGCUGUCAACAGCAAAGAGAACCUGUGCAUACAGACUCCGCGCUGGAAACCCACCGUCAUCUUACCUCUACGGUUGGACUUGUUUACGACCUCGAGGCUCGUGUAUAUUUCCGUCAUCGGGAUAGGGAAGAACUUCCCGGCUGAAGGGAGGGAAAGUUGAGACUCC